UCCUCCUGCCUCGGCCUCCUGAGUUUUGGGAUUACAGACAUGCAACACCACACCCAGAUGGGACCAGCAUCUUCUGUGCAAUCCUUUGUUGACCAAAAUAUCUUCAUUCUGUGAGCAAAGAACCUGAGUCUCAGAGCUGCACAGUUCCUCCUGACUGCCCAGCUCUUUGUAAGCAGGCGGUGGGUAAAGCCAGACGCCAGAUGAGGUCAACCUGAAUGUGCUGGACCUGAGGCAGGAGGGAAUUUAUGCUGCGGCAGUUUUGUGGUUUUGCGAGCAAAGCUGACCUGUGUACCUUCACAUGGAAGGACAAAGCCAGCGGUACACAGUGUUCAUGGAGGACAAUUCCGUGAUACUCAUGCCAAGCUGUGAUCCAUUAGGGUCUGUGUGGUGGCCACAAAGCAGAUACAGGCUCGUGGUUCUGAAUUUUGGGUAUUGCUCUUUGCUGAGAGCAUCCUGGACUCCCUGCAGAUUUCCAUCCUGUUCCAUUGGUCUUCAAAAUCUCUGCUGUCUGAGCUGGCAGAAAUUGCUCUAGGCCAUCACCCAUCAACAUAGUUCUGUUGCCAUCCAUGGACCCCCAGGGACCUGUGUCUGUGGAGCCAGCAGCAAGGCAGGACUGCGCAUGUGCAGCCCUCAGCACCACUAUUUAAAGGUGGGCGGCACUGGGCUGAGGAGGGCCCUGACUGUGACAUGCUUACCUUCACGCUUGGCCAGACACUGAGUGGACACUGGCCCCAAGUACCACUGCAGCUGUGUCUGCGCAGGAUGCAGGAGCUGGCAUUCGGUGCUGAGGAUGGAGGAGAGAGAGCUGCGGAGCUGGAAAGCUGAAGUCCUGAGUCUCUCACACCCUUGACGUCCUCAUAUUUGUGAGCAAGGACCACCCGCUUCAGAAUGGACACUCCGUCAGGGCCACAAGUCUCUCCAGGCCCAUCCCAGGAGCCCAGCUUCUUGGCUAACCUGUCAGCACCUGGCAAGGGGGAUGGCACCCCAAGUAGCCUCUCCAUGAUGGGCCAGCUUCUGCCAGGCAGCCCCACGGCAGCAGGGACUCAGGCUGUGGUCCGUGUUCCCUUCCCCACAGCGGAUGUUCCAGCGCAUGCGCACUACACCCUGGGCGCGGUGAUCCUGCUGGUGGGACUCACAGGGAUGCUGGGCAACCUGACGGUCAUCUAUACCUUCUGCAGGAGCAGAGGCCUGCAAACCCCAGCCAACAUGUUUAUUAUCAACCUUGCGGUCAGUGACUUCCUCAUGUGCUUCACCCAGGCUCCCGUCUUCUUCACCAGCAGCCUCUAUAAGCGAUGGCUGUUUGGGGAGGCAGGCUGCGAGUUCUAUGCCUUCUGUGGGGCUCUCUUUGGCAUCACCUCCAUGAUUACCCUGAUGGCCAUCGCCCUGGACCGCUACCUGGUGAUCACACGCCCACUGGUCACCAUUGGGUUGGCAUCCAAGAGGCAGGCAGCGCUUGUCCUGCUGGGCAUCUGGCUCUAUGCCCUGGCCUGGAGUCUGCCACCCUUCUUUGGCUGGAGCGCCUAUGUGCCGGAGGGGCUGCUGACAUCCUGCUCCUGGGACUACGUGACCUUCACGCCCUCCGUGCGCUCCUACACCAUGCUGCUUUUCUGCUUCGUGUUCUUCCUGCCGCUGCUCAUUAUCAUCUACUGCUACGUCUUCAUCUUCAGGGCCAUCCGGGAGACAGGCCGGGCCUUCGAGACCUGUGCGGAGUCCCCAUGGCAGCGGCGGCAGCGGCAGCAGCUGCGCAGUGAGUGGAAGAUGGCCAAGAUCGCACUGCUGGUCAUCCUCCUGUUCGUCCUCUCCUGGGCGCCCUACUCCACUGUGGCCCUGGUGGCCUUUGCAGGGUAUGCACACGUCCUGACACCCUAUAUGAACUCAGUGCCAGCUGUCAUCGCCAAGGCCUCUGCCAUCCACAACCCCAUCAUUUAUGCCAUCACCCACCCCAAGUACAGGAUGGCCAUUGUGCAACACCUGCCCUGCCUGGGCAUGCUGCUGGGUGUGUCUGGCCAGCGAAGCCGGCCCUCCCUCAGCUACCACUCCACACAGCACUCCAGGCUGAGCAGCCAGGCCUCCAACCUCAGCUGGAUCUCAGGACACAGGCGCCAGGAAUCCCUGGGCUCUGAGAGUGACAUGAUGAAGGGGCAGCUCCCCAGCCUGGAUCCCCAGAUGUAGGAAGCCAGCCGGCCCUCCCUCCCAUCUGGGAUUCACCUAGCUCUGCCAGCCUGCAGGCUUUGUCACCUAUGCUGCUGCGCUGGAGUCAUAGCCCCAGCCCUGUGUCCUGCUUCACACCAUGGAAGUCCUGCCUGUGUGGCCUGCACUCUUAUGUCCUAGCUCUGCAGCUCUCUGCUGCCAGCAGCUGCCACUUCUACAAACGAUGGCUCCAGGAACACACUGCUGUUUGUUUGUUUGUUUGUUUUUCUUUGGUACCAGGGAUCGAACUCGGGAAGAGGCAGGCUGUGGAACCACUGAGCUAAAUCCCCGGUCCAACACACUGCUGUGUACAAGCCGUGCAUCUGGCCAGACUAGGCAUUUCAGGGUCCUGGGGUGGGGACAGCGCUGCCCCUCCCACCAGACACAGCCUCCCCAUCCCGAGCCCCACCAAGCCAUCCCCAGGUGGCCCACGUUUGCAUGCACAGAGCACUGUAGGUACCAAUUUGCAUGUACACUGA